CGCCCCAUGACCCCCUCGCGCUGCGACAGAGAUCACGGCGGGAGGCGUGUCGCCAUCUGCGGCCUCCCGGGGGCCCUUUCCGGGGCCUCGGGAGCGUCAAGGAGAGGCCUGCGACUCGCACGCCGUGCUCUCCCUGGGCCUCGCGCUGGAGCGUGCGAGCCCGGGCUCGGCCCUGGCGGACUGGAUCCGCCUGCUGCCCACGUCCUUCUCGAACGCGCUCUGGUUCUCCGACCAGCAGCUGGCCCUGGUGAACGGGACGUUCUUCUCGUACAUCGUGCAUAACUGGCUCAGCGACCUGGACUGCAUGCAGAGGGCGGCGGCUGCAAUGCCGCGCCCCGCAUGGAAGGGCCGUAGCGUCUCGCCAGAGGACGACAUGCGCUGGGCCCUCAGCGUGGUGAAGACCCGCGGGUUCGCCUUCGAGGGGACGCGCGAGAGCACGAUGCUGAUCCCGCUCGACUUCCUGAAUCACAACACCGUCGCCAACGUGCGAACUGCGACGCUCGCAGAGGACGCCCUGCGGUUCGUGGCCACCAAGAGCGUCAUGCCAGGGGAGGAGUUGUGCAUCGAGUACGCGCAGGCUUCGAACUUGGAGUUCCUGGUGCGCUACGGGUUCCGGGUGGAGGACGGACAACCCCUUCGGCGGCCGCCAGUUCGACCUCGGCGGCGAGCCGCUGCAGGCCCACUGCCCGCCCUGCCUCCUGCGCUACGACGAGGAGGGCAUCGUCGACAACGCCACGGUGGACUGCCACAGGCAGGCCCGGUACUUGUCCUUCGAGCAGCAGUUCGGGCCGCUGCAGGUGCACGAGCAACUGCGGGAGGCCUGCCCGCGGAUGGGGAGGAAGCUUGCUCGCAGUUGCUGUCGAUGCUGGAGGCGCCCCGGCCCCUCUCCGAGUACGAGACGGACGAGGGCCUCGCCGCGGUGCCGGCCGCCUCCUCCAGCAUCACCGCCGUGCUGGUGCGGGAGAUCCGGGCCGAAAGGGUGCUGCUCCAGCGCUGCGUGCAGGAGUUCCGCCUCAGGCAGCGCGAGCCCGUGCCCCGCCCGCUGCCGGCGCUGCUGGCUGAGCCGCUGGCGCUGCUGGCGCGCGGGCAGCCCCCGGGCGGGCCGGGCGCUGGCGACGGCGCGCCACAGCCGGUGAAUGAGAUUUACGAGGCCAUCGUGGAGAUUGACGAGGUGCUGCAGAGGGUGCGUAAACAAGGCCAGACCUCUAUGGAGCACAAGCUCGCCACCGAACGGAGCGAAGGCGGCAAUUCCGAGACCAACUCGCCCGCCAGCGGCAUGGGCGCGGAGAAGUUCUUGGGCGUCGCGAAGCAUGCCUGGGCUACUGACAGGCGGGAGCUAGACAAAUCGGCCGCGCAGCAGACGCGCAUCGCAUCGCGCGCCAACUUGCGGGCAAGGCAAUUGGGAGUAAAGAGCAACUAUGUUGCAACAUACCUUGCCACCGACCCGCGCCACUUGAGCUCCGAGAGCAUUUCAAACGUCCAGGGCGAGAACGGGAGAUGGAGGCGCAUCGCGUUGAUCUGCAGACAGAGGCGCGCCCCUAGCGAAUUCGCCGCGCUCGGCGAGAACGGCCGCAUGCAAGCCGAUGCAAAUCUUUGGGCCCAUCAGUUCUCCAGGGGCACGGGCCUCUUCAGGGAUAUCAGUGGCGCCGAAAGCUCCUGGGAGACCGGUGCCCUCUCGAGCGAGUUCUGGAAGCGCCUCCUCGCCCCGUAUUCCGAGGCCGAACAGGAAUUCCGCCGCGUCGAGUCUGGAAUUCUAACCAAGCCGCGACGAACGAUAGGCCAGGCGCCCGAGCGGAACCGGCGCCAGCGCGCCACAGAGGAAGACGGCGACGGCAAAAAGAGGAUCCACGCGACGGGCGGUCUGCUGGCAGCGGUGAAGGAACUUGCCCUCGAGGGCCCUCUGGAGAAGAACGUGGCAAUCAUGGUCGCGGACUACGACAGCUACGAUUGCGAGCAGAAGUCCGAGCCGGUUCACUCAUGCAAGGUCGACAGGAUGUACGAGACGGAGAACAAGCGCAUCGUUUUGGUCGGGCGGGGCCCGCAGUUCCGCGAUCGUCUCGCCAGCGCGCUCCGGGCGACAUCGACGGAGAGGAAGCCCGGGCGGGCGCCGGCGACGCACGCGGGGCGGGAGCUGCAGGAGUGGGUGGAGCAGCUGUUGCAGGGCACCGCGUUGGCCCGCCAGGUCGGCCGCGAGAGGAGCGCGCCGGCGGGCCCCGCCGGCCCGGCGGGCCCCGCGGAGGCCGCGGCGGAGGCCGCGGCGGAGGCCGCGGCGGAGGCCGCGGAGGCGGCGGGCGCGGGCGACCUGGAGGGGACGGACGCUGUGGGGUCUGCGACAGUCCAGCGGUCUAUCGCCGAGGCGGUCGACACGGACGACAUGGCGUCGGGGACCACCGAGCAGAUGCGCUGCGACUCGAGCCGCCGCGGCCCCGCUGCUCGCGGGGCUCUACUGGCCCGGAGGGCAGCCCUGGGCCGAGGAGGCGCCGCCGCUCGCGCCGGGCGCGCCUCCGUGCCUCCUGCGGCCCGGGCUGCUGCCCGCGCCGAGCGCCGGGCGCGGGGGCCGGAGCCCGGCGGCGCCGAGCCCGCUGCUCGCGGGCCUGAGGUGCAGCGGCUGCGCCGCGGCGCCCGCGCCGGGCGGCUGCCGCGGGGGCCCGUGCGGGCUCGGCAGCUGCAGCGAGUGCUCCACCAGCCUCGGCUCCAGGAGGUCAGCGUCUACCUUGCUCUCCAGGCCCGCUACACAUAA